AUGUUCCCAGAUCGUUACUCCAUCCAAAGGAAUCCAGACCCAAACCCUGAUCCGGAUCCUUUCUUGUCGGCUUCAACAGGAGGCGAGACUAACGACUCAAUUCGAUUCAGAGCAAUUUGCAGGCGGAGAAGUCGCGAGGAGCCUGUUUCCGAAAUCCAAUUUCGCCACACUACUUUGAAAAGUCAACGAUGCCUCGUAAAGGCUGAUGAAACCAAGGAGGAGGAAAAAGUAAUUGCUAAGAAAGGAAUUUGGAGAUGUGCAAUCUGUACAUAUGACAAUGAUGAGAGUAUGCAUGUUUGUGAUAUUUGCGGUGUUAUUCGUCAUCCUGUCCCCGGUGGAAACAAAACUAUCAGUAACAAUACAGUUGAAGGCAGAUGCAAAGAACCAAUGGUAUCCAAAUUGGCAAAGUCCCUUUUCGAAUCCAAUUCUCCCAAAAGGGAUGUCCUUUAUCAGCCUGAGCCACAGGGAGCUUUGCCUGGAAUUUCCCGUGGGAAAAUUCACGAUCUCCACAAGGCGUUUAGUUCUAAAAAUUCCUCCGUUAGUAGUAUAGCACCGUUCAAGUUUGAUGCUCCAUCGCCUGAUGAUUUAGUCUCCAAUGGACUAAAGUCCUCGAGAACUGUUCCGACAGAUAGCAUGAAGCAGAAAGGGAAGCAAGAUAGCGCAGAACAUAAUCCUUUAAAGAAAGGAACAGACAGAUCAGAAACAAGCUCCCAAGGAAGGCACGAUAACGUUGGUGGUAUACAAUCUUUCAAAAGUUUACCAAAAGAAAAAGCAGAUAUAUCUAAAGGAACAAGUUCUUCGUCAAAAAAUAUGGAGGUGUCGGAGAGUCUUACCGGUACUAUGAACAAUAUGUCUUUGACUGGGGAAACAGAAAGCUCCAGGGAUAUAAAACUUAAAAGAGCAAAAUCAAAAUCAAAUCAUAAGCCAGAGGAGUGGAUGCUUCUUGAUAAAGAAUCAGAUACACUAAGUCAACUGAAUCUUGCCAUUGUGGGACAUGUUGAUUCCGGUAAGUCAACACUUUCGGGUAGGUUACUGCAUCUCUUGGGAAGAAUAUCUCAAAAACAAAUGCACAAGUUUGAGAAAGAAGCAAAGUCUCAGGGCAAAGGGUCCUUUGCAUAUGCCUGGGCAUUGGAUGAGAGUGCUGAAGAGAGGGAGCGAGGAAUAACAAUGACUGUGGCUGUUGCUUAUUUCAAUUCCAAAAGACACCAUGUUGUUUUGCUCGACUCUCCUGGACACAAAGAUUUUGUUCCAAACAUGAUAGCAGGAGCAACACAAGCAGAUGCUGCGAUUCUUGUCAUAGAUGCAUCUAUUGGUGCUUUUGAAGCUGGUUUUGAUAAUUUGAAAGGCCAGACAAGGGAGCAUGCACGGGUUCUUAGAGGUUUCGGCGUGGAGCAAGUCAUAGUUGCAGUUAACAAAAUGGAUAUUGUUGGUUAUUCGAAGGACAGAUUUGAUUUGAUUAAGCAACAUGUAGGAUCUUUUCUGCAGUCCUGUCGUUUUAAAGAAUCGUCUCUGACAUGGAUUCCAUUAAGUGCCAUGGAAAACCAAAACUUGGUUUCAGCUCCCUCUGAAAGCCGCCUAUCCUCAUGGUAUCACGGUCCUUGUUUAUUGGAUGCUGUUGACUCUGUCAAGUCUCCUGACAGAGACGUCUCAAAGCCUCUGCUCAUGCCUAUAUGUGAUGUUGUAAGGUCGAAUUCGCAAGGGCAGGUAUCUGCAUGUGGCAAACUUGAAGCUGGAGCUGUUCGGCCAGGAUCCAAGAUAAUGGUAAUGCCAUCGGGAGAUCAAGGAACCGUGAAGUCUCUGGAGCGUGACUCUCAGGGUUGCACCAUUGCAAGAGCAGGAGAUAACGUAGCAAUAGCUUUGCAAGGGAUUGAUGCAAAUCAAGUAAUGGCAGGAGGUGUGCUGUGCCAUCCUGAUUACCCGGUUUCAGUAGCAACUCAUUUGGAACUUAUGGUGCUCGUCUUAGAAGGAGCAACACCGAUCUUACUUGGUUCUCAGUUGGAGUUUCAUGUGCACCAUGCAAAGGAAGCAGCAACAGUAGUGAAGCUUGUGGCAAUGCUUGAUCCCAAAACAGGGGAGCCAACAAAGAAGUCUCCUCGUUGUCUAACUGCUAAACAAAGUGCAAUGCUUGAGGUGAGUCUUCAGUAUCCAGUUUGUGUGGAGACGUUUUCUGAAAGCAGAGCUCUCGGAAGAGUGUUCCUUAGAUCAUCAGGAAGAACAGUCGCGAUGGGCAAAGUUACUCGGAUUAUCCAAGACUCAUAA